AUGGAGAAACCAGCCAGGAAGAAACGACUGGCUCCACGAUCGCGCUCGGGUUGUCUACCUUGUCGAAUCCAUCACCGGAAAUGCGACGAACAGCGCCCGAUCUGUGGCUUGUGCCACAAAACCCAGCGAGACUGCGAAUAUGGACUAAGAGUCUCAUGGGGAGGCAGGCCGUUCCAUAAGUCUUCCUUUGGACAGUAUUUAUCAAGCCAAAGUACCUUGAUUGGCCGUAUCGAUUCGAUGCGCGAUCGAGGACAAUGCACCUCAGUGGUUGAUACCAGGAACAAGGAGCAAUUUGUGUAUGGGCUUAUUCAGCCGGAAGAGCCUCCAAAAUCUGGUACAGAAAUCCGGCAGUCCCUGGCCAUUCAACAGCAAACUCCGAUGUCACUUACGACCGCGAGGCCGUCCUUCUUACCUGAUCUUCCGCCGCCGUACCGGGUCCUCUUUGAUUACUUUACACGAGUUGCCGACUUCUUCUCCUGCGACGAGUCGGUCAAGGCUGAUUUCCAUGCUACCUUCAUGCCGAUUGCGACCACAACUUCCCAUGUUAUGGCUGCCAUGCUCAACCUUGCUGCUGUGCAUAGGGCCAACUCGGAUGGGAGCCAGGAUGCCAAACAGAUGGCGCAUUUGCAAUUAACCGCGGUUCGACAACUCCGGGGAAAAUUAGCGGAUCCUUCUGAUUCAGCAACUGAGGCCAUCUUGUCGACCAUUCUGCUCUUGUGUUACUCCGAGAUUGUGGCUGGGGGAGGCUCAUCGCAAUCUUGGCGAUUACAUCUGGAAGGGGUAGCUUCAGCAUUAAGCAGAGAACUGCAAUCAUGGAAUAUGGAGUCAUCAGGGCCUAUAAGAGCUUUUCUUGCAAAGUGCUUUGUGUCUCUUGUCGCUCUCGCCAAUGGUUCUGGGUACCCCCCUUCCGAAGCUGUCUCCCAACUCGCGAUGAAAUUAGCCCGGAGCAGCAAAGAGAGAGGCACCAUUGAUGAGUUUACUGCAUACUCAACAGAUCUAGUGCAGAUUCUGAUUGAGCUUGGUACAUUAUUGAGGAAGCGCAAUUUGGGCUUGGAGGAUCUGGAAACGAGCCCUAUCUCAAUGAGGGCUAUGAAUCUUGCCCAGCGACUACACCGGUUGCUUGAUCAAGGAACAGGGGAACUCAGAGACAGAGCUUCCCGUCAAUUCUCUUCUGCUCGGAGAAAUGAGUAUAUCCGUGUGGACGAAGCAUAUCAUCACGCACUUUUAAUUCACAUCUAUCAGCGCCUACGGGGAGUGCCGGCUUCUUCCAAUGAAAUCCAGGCCAUUGUGCGGCGGGUACUAGAUCUGGUAUCCUCUGUCGAGCUUCAUGAAGGACCCUGUCCGGGAAUUGUGCUUCUAUUUCCCCUCUUUUCUGCUGACGUUGGUGCAGUGCACUCAGAGGAUCGACAACGGAUCCGGGAUCUGCUGACCGGAAUGAUGGGCAAAUUUGGUCUUGGAAAUGUCCAACAGAGCCUGAAGCUGUUAGAUACUCUUUGGUCUCAUAGAGAUACACACGGCGAGUCAGAGACAAAUGUCGCAUGGGAAGCGUUCAUC